AUGCCAGGAACAAUCGUCAGCGAUGGGCGUGUUUCCACAGUAGCCGAUGUUUCGGCUGUCCUGAGCGAUCUUCUCGACCGUGCAAGAGGAACGAAACCUCCCACGAUCGAGCCAGCGCUCCAAAAGUCCGACCUCGGAAACGACAUUGAUAGGAUAACCGCCAUCUUUGCCGAUGGCCGUGGUGCUGAGGCUACUGAGAGCGCGGCGCAACAGAGUCAAGACAAAAUCAGACAGUUUGCCGUCAUCGAAACCGCUGUUCGCGAUCUCUUCAAAACCCUGGUCUUCAACACAAAGAUCGAAUCCCCGGAGUUUGUGCAACUUUGGAACCUCUUCGACAUCGUUUCUAUACUAUCCGAUAACGGAUCGUGCGACCCCGCGCUGCUCUUCUGGAUGGUCGAAGAGCUUCUCGACAGUCAAACGAUCGCCGGCUGCCGCAAGAUCUUCGAUUUCCUCGAGUCCAGACGCGAAAGGAUUACCUCGAGCCAUUUUAAGCAGAAGCAACUGGUAAUCCUGCGAACUUGCAAUGAGCUACUGCGCCGUCUUUCUCGCGCCGAAGACACGGCUUUCUGUGGUCGAGUCUUUAUCUUCAUGUUCCAGAGCUUCCCCUUGGGAGACCGAAGCUCCGUCAAUUUGCGCGGCGAAUACCACGUGGAAAAUGUAACAGCAUACGAUCAAUCAGCGGCACCAAUGGACCCCGACGCGGACAAGAUGGAAGUGGAGAAAGAUGCGGCUGCUGGACCCGACGCGAACAAGCAAAGCUCUCAAGACGGCGCUGUGAACGCUGAUGCUCUGUAUCCAGUCUUUUGGUCGCUUCAGGAAAGUUUCAGUCAGCCCAAGAAGCUGUUUGACAUGACGAACCUAGAGGGAUUCAAGCAAGGCCUAGAAGCGACGGUCAAGGCGUUCAAAGUGGUCCAGAAAGAGCAGGGCAGCAGACCACCCAAAGCUGCCGACAGCGCUGUAGGCGGUACUAAGCGGAAGCGCAAUCAUGACGACCAAGGAGAUCAGUCGAAUGCAUUCAACCCGAAAUACCUCACCAGCCAAGACCUUUUCGAGCUCGAAAUCAGCGACCUAUCGUUUCGAAGAAAUAUUCUGGUCCAGGCCUAUAUCAUACUCGAGUUUCUACUCUCACUCUCAGCCAAGGCGAAAGAGAAGCUCGCAACGAUCAAAACGCAAAACAAGUCUGUCAUGUACAUGGAUCAGACUUUGAGCGAAGAAGAUGCGAAAUGGGCGAGUGACAUGAAAGAGGCCGUGGAGGACGGCCUGAAACAGGGCAGCGACGGACCUCAUUACCAUCGUAUGGUGGAGACAGUGCUGGUUAGGGACCGCAACUGGAUACGAUGGAAGAUGGAAGGCUGCCCUCCGAUCGAGCUGCCCCCCCUCUCGCCGGAGACAUGGUCGAAGGCCCAGGAUGAGCUCUACUCCAUCACAAGGAACAAGCGCAUGAAGCCGCCCAUGGGCUCGCUGCCUCUGGACUUUAUGCAGGACGAGGACGACGAGAAGGCUCUUGACAAGCUCAGGGCACCCGAUCGAUACGAACUUCCUGAGCUUGGGAGUUUCAGGAGGAAGAUUGCGGAUGACGACUUUGAGAUUGAGAUGCCGACGAACGACGAGACGAAAGCAGCAGCGAUCGAGUCCAAAGCGAGCAAGAGCUGGCGUGCCUUGCGCAUAGCGGCAAGGUCGAGACUGGGUCUAUUUGACAAAAUCAGCGACCCAGAAAAAAUAGACGCCAUUUUUGGCGAAAUCGAAGACCCUGAUGCGGUCCCUGAACCCGAAGCAGCGCCGGAACAAAAGGCCGUUCUCCCCACCGACCAGCGACCCGUUGUCAUCUCAGGCCCUCCCGGCGUGGGCAAGUCGACGACUACUGACGUUCUACUCAGCCGUCAACCGGGCGCAUUCGCAAAGGUCGUUCGCCACACAACGCGCAAACCCCAAGACGGCGAGGUCGCGGGGCGGGAUUUCCUUUUCGUAGACAAGCAGACCUUUGACAUGCAGCGCGACGGCGACGCGUUGAUAGAGUACACCACGAUCGACGGAGACGACUACGGCACCAGUCGCAAGACAAUUGAUGGGAUCGUCGCAAGCGGCAAGGUGCCGAUCCUGCACAUGGACCAGGAGGCCAGGAGUUUCGGUUUCGAGGCUCGCUUUGUCCUUCUCCUUCCACCAAACCAGGAGACUAUGGAGGCACGGCUCACAGCCGCCGGGGAACGCGAAGACGCCGUCAAGGCCACAGGAGCCGCUGUCGCUCCUUAUCUCGCCGAGGGAUCCAUACUCAAGGAAGGGUUCGACGAGGUGCUCGUGAAUGAGAAACUCGACGCCACAUUCAAGGCCUUGGAGACGUUUAUUUACGGAGCCGAGCAGGGAGUGUCGGAGCCGGAGAAAACGGACGAGAAGCCGACUGAGGAGACGGAGGCGCAGACAGAACACAAGCUGAGCGAGGAUGCGCCUGCAGCCGCGGCAGACAAGAACGAAGAUGAUGCUGUCAUGGCUGACGCGGCGCCGGCAGCCGAAGACCCAGACAAGGCACAAGAAGGUUUGGGGGAGUUCAAGCCUUCGGCUGCGACGUAA